UGGACUUCCAACUUAAAGCCAAUUGAUAAUGAGUGGAUUGGUCAUAACCCUUUAUAUAGUAGUACAUUAAUUCUUAUAUUUUUGAUACGAGAUGUUUCUCAUCAAUAAGAACUUUAAAGAAAUUGAUAUAUAGUACUCCCAUAAGAAAAGUGAUGAUGUCGACAAAAAAAAGAAAGAAAAGUGAUGACAAUGCUAUUCUCAAAAAGUAUUAUUGUUUUAAAAAUAUUACUACUAGCUCAUUCUUUCCUAAAAAAAAAAUAUUACUACUCAUUCUCAGUCGUAUUUAAAUAGAGGCGCCGUAUAUUAACCAAAAUCAAAAAAAAAAAAGUCAAGAAUUAACAGACAAAUUCAAUAACAUCAUUGGCGCCAUGUUGUAUGCAUCCGCCGAUACAAUGCAUGUCAAAAUGCAGUGUCUUUUGUGUACCAAGCUCAUUAAUCAUAGACUAUUAAUUGACUAUGUUUUAAAAUGACUAACAAUCACUAAUUUUUCUCUAAACUUAAAUGCAUUCUUACAAAAUAAAUGAUUACGUAGAUUCAAAACUGUACACAUAAGGGAGUUGCAACGUAUAUAUAGGAGAAUUGGCAAAAAAAAAACUCAUAUAUAGGAAUAGAGCAUAAUUACAGUGAUUACUUACCGAUUUUAACUACAGAGAUAAAUGUGAUUGAGCAUUUACAGGAGUCAUAUAUGGGACUUGAUCAAUGGAAGAUUACAAGUUUCCUCUAGCAGUAGAUUCUCUAGCUGACCAGAACUAUAUGUCGUGUGUAUAUAUUCCCGUUUCCCACACAGACAAUUUAACUCAAACAAAAUAGUAUGGCUUCUUUCUUCUUAAUAGUUUCACUUCUCUUUGCACUAUUCUUCUCUCCUCUUGUUGAGUCACAAAAUCCAAUCGAUUCUUGCUGGCGUACAAACCCUAACUGGGAAUCAAACCGUCCUGAUCUAGCCGGUUGCGCGGUGGGAUUCGGAAAAUACGCGUCUGGGGGCAAAGACGGGUCGAUCUAUGUGGUCACAAGCUCAGAAGACGACCCUGAAAACCCUAGCCCUGGAACCCUACGACAUGCCGUGAUCCAGACCGAGCCGCUAUGGAUCACAUUCGAACGUGACAUGGGCAUAGUGUUGAAAAACGAGCUCAUCAUGAACAGCAACAAGACCAUUGACGGAAGAGGAGCAAAAGUGGAAAUCGCGCACGGACCAUGCAUCACGAUCCAACACGUGAGCCAUGUCAUUAUACAUGGUAUAAGUAUCCACCACUGCAAACCGGGUAAAUCGGGUUUAGUACGGAGCACUCCGACUCAUAUUGGUAGACGGGGAGGAUCGGACGGUGAUGCAAUCUCCGUGUUCAAUUCGUCAAAUGUUUGGAUCGAUCAUUGUUACUUUUCCCAGUCUGAAGAUGGAUUGAUCGAUGUGGUACUUGGUUCUACUGCCGUCACUAUUUCUAAUAGUUACUUCACUCAGCAUGAUAAAGUAAGUAUAUCUAUAUACAUUAAGUUGUAACUUAUUAAAACAUUGAAUAUUAAUUAUACUUUUGAUAUUUAUGAAGGUGAUGUUGCUUGGCAAUCACGACAACAUUGUCGUAGAUGAGAAUAUGAAAGUUACAAUUGCAUUCAACCACUUUGGACCGGGUCUCAUCGAGAGAAUUCCUAGGUAUAUAAAUAUAUUUUACUAACUAAAAUUUAACUUAAUGAACAUUAGAAAAUGCUGACAUGAAUAUACAAUUAAUGAUGUGAUAGGGUGAGGAGAGGGUUUGCGCAUGUAGCAAACAAUAGAUACAAUAAAUGGCUAAAGUAUGCACUUGGAGGAAGUGCCGAUCCAACCAUUUUUAGUGAAGGCAACUACUUUCUUGCUCCUGAUGACCCUAGCAAAAAACAGGUUUCGUCGUUUUAUAUUUAUUAAUAUAUAAUAUAUAUAUUAUUAUUAAACAUAUGGAUUAAUGUAUUCGUUAUCAAUUGUUUUUGAGUCAAGAAAACUCCCUUAAUAUAAAGGUGUUGUACAUAUAUGAAGGUGACAAAGAGACUAGAGAGUGGAAAUGAUCGUAGCUGGAAAUGGAUUUCUUCAAAAGACGUUUUCUUGAACGGAGCUUACUUCGAGCCGUCUAUCAACGGAAAAGUCACGCAGGUGUACGAAGGAGAAGAGGAGUUUCCGGUGUACGAUGGCUCUCUCGUCCCUAAUCUUACUUCUUCCGCAGGUCCUCUGAGUUGCUACUCCGGCAGGAUCUGCUGAUUAAUUUAUCUUAUUCGUUAAUGUGUUUUGCGAUUUCUUUUUUUUUUACGUCGGGACAACAUUCAAAUUAUAUUGGAAGAUUUCUAGAUCUGUUUUACGACAUGGAAGCAUCCAGUGUUUA